ACAGCGUCAGAGUGAGCGCUCUGUGCUCUGUCGGUUCUCGGAAACAGCGUCAGAGUGAGCGCUCUGUACUCUGUCCGCCUCUGUGCUGCUCUCCUCCUCCAGUAUACUCCGCUAGCUUAGCCUGCUAGCUAGCAGCCCAGGUGAACAUGGCCAUGUCUCAGGCUCUGUCAGAGGAGGAGUUUCAUCGGAUGCAGGCUCAGCUGUUGGAGCUUCGGACUCAGAACUAUCAGCUGUCAGAUGAUCUCAGGAAGAAUUCAGCUGAACUGAAUGCCGUCCGUCAGAAAAAUGCGGUUUUGGAAAGAGAUUUUAUCAAAGCACAGAAGGCUCUGAAUAAGAGCAAGAAAGCUCAGGAGGUGGAUGCGUUGCUGAGUGAGAAUGAGAUGCUUCAGGGGAAACUUCACAGUCAGGAGGAAGACUUCCGGCUACAGAACAGCACGUUGAUGACUGAACUCUCCAAGCUGUGUACGCAGAUCGAGCAGCUCGAAAAGGAAAACCAGGGCCUGAAGGAAGGAGGAGGGGCCUCUGCGUCUAGCCCCGCCCCCAACCCCGCCUCCAGUCCGGUUGAUGGCGAACUGCUCCGCCUCCAGGCUGAAAACUCCACCCUGCAGAAGAAAAUGAGAGCCCUCCAGGAGCGCUAUGACAAGGAGCUGCAGAAACAGGCGGUCGCCCAGGGCAACCAGGGCGCUACCACGGAGACCGACGGGUCAGCCGGCGCCAACGGAGUCUCUGACGUCACAGGGAGAGGGGAGGAGUCAGCAGCAGAGGGAACCAAUGAGAGACUGGAACAGACGGAGGCUCAGCUGGAACACACAGAGAAACAGAUACAUGGCCUGUCAGAGAAGAGCGUAGAGAAGAUUGUAGCUAAGCAGGCAGCGCUAGGCUGGUCGGCUGCUCUCUGUCCAAUAACUCACUGCUUUGGACCAGAGCUGGAGAUGGCACUGAACACCGAGCAGGAGGAGAAGAGGCUGCUGAAGGAGCAGAUCCACAACCUGGAGGCGUCCAAACAGGCUGAAAUCACCAAACUGCAGGAAGAAAUAACAAAGCUGUCUGACAAGUUAAAGAAGAAGCAAGAGAGUUUUCAGCGUCUGCAGGGAGAAAAGGAGGCUCUGUACAACGACAGCAGGACGAAGAUCGAUGAGAUCAACCAGAGGAAGGAAGAGGAGCUGAAGGCCAUGAACAUCCGCAUCCAGAAGCUGCAGUCAGACGUGAUGGCAGCCAAUCAGAUGACAGCAGAGCAGAGAGAGCAACUGCAGAGCAAAGAGAAAGAACAUGAACUGGCUCUGAACACUCUGAAAGCCCAGGUAGCCAGUCAGAGCGCAGUCAGUCAGGAGCAGGUGGACAACAUCCUGCAGGAGAACGAUGCUCUGAGGACUAACCUAGCUGCUCUAGAACAGAUCCAGACGGUGAAGACGCAGGAGAUGAAUCUGUUGCGUGAGCAGCAGGAGGCGCUGACGAUGGAGCUCCAGCAGAGACGAACCGAACAGGAGAGUCUGCUGGCCCAGAGAGACGACCUGGACUCCCAGCUGCAGGAGUCCAGUUUUGCGAACAGGAAGUUGUUGGAGCAGUUAACAGAAGAAGGACAAGAGAAGGAGAAACUGCUGAGAGAGCUGGAUGAGGCCAAGAAGACAGCGGAGAAGAGGAAGGCCAUGUUGGAUGAUAUGGCCAUCCAGCUGAACCAGGAGAAAUCUGACCACAAGGAGGCGCUGUCAGACCUGAAACUGCAGCACGAGAAGGAGGUUCUGGGAGUCAGGGCUCGUUAUGAGAAGGAGCUCAGAGGACUCCAUGAAGACAAGAAUCGUUCUGAGGAGGAGAUCCGACAGCAGCUUAGAGAUGAAAAGGCUCGUACCAAAGAGCUGGAGGGGCUGCAGCAGCGGGUGGAGGAGCUGCAGGCUCAGGUUCAGUCCAUGGAGGGAACCAAAGGAUGGUUUGAGAGACGACUGAAGGAGGCAGAGGAGAACAUUGAGAAGAAUUCUCUGGAACAUCAGGAAGCGAUGGAGCGACUACAGAAGGAACACACACUUCAUCUGGAGGAGAAGCAGUCAGAGAUGGAGGGACUGAAGCAGCAGAUGGUGGAGGUGGAGAAACAGAGGGACGAACACGACGACACCAUCGGAAAACUCAAACAGGAGAUAAAGGACACCGUGGACGGUCAGAGGAUUUUAGAGAAGAAAGGAAGCGCAGCGCUGAAGGAUUUGAAGCGGCAGCUGCAGCUGGAGAGGAAGCGAGCGGACAAACUGCAGGAGAGACUCCAGGAGAUACUGACCAACAGCAAGACCAGGACAGGUCUGGAGGAACUGGUUCUGUCAGAGAUCAACAGUCCCAGUCGGACUCAGCAGACCGGAGACUCGUCCUCCGUCUCGUCCUUCUCCUACAGAGACAUGAUGAAGGAGACCCAGCCGACCAAUCAGAACAAGUCGGGAGGAGGCAGCCCUCAGUCUCAGCGUCCCGCCGAGCUCUCAGACGACGAGGUCGGGGAGUUGUUCCAGCGGCUCGCAGAGGUCCAGCAGGAGAAAUGGAUGCUGGAGGAGAAGGUGAAACAUCUGGAGGUGAGCUGCUCGUCCAUGGCUGAAGACAUCUGCAGGAAGAGCGCCAUCAUAGAGACAUACGUGAUGGACAGCCGCAUAGACGUGUCGGGCAGCGCCGUCGGAGGUCACGGAGGCUCUCAGGGGGAGAGAGGAGGUCUGGGUUCGGUCCUCAGAGAUCUGGUCAAACCGGGAGACGAGAACCUGAGAGAGAUGAACAAGAAGCUGCAGAACAUGUUGGAGGAGCAGCUGACCAAGAACAUGCACCUGCAGAAGGACUUGGAGGUUUUGUCCCAGGAAUUAGUCCGUCUCAGUAAAGAGAACAGUCCUGGAGGUGGUGCGGCCGGGUCAGGAUGAGACUAUCGCCUGGAUCCCGUCCAUCCCCCCCCCCCCCCAGGUAUCAUUCACCUCAACUGGAAAUGGGGGCUGGGCUUGGACUAACACCUGGAACAAACUUCUCUUUCUUUCCCAUUCCUCAAAUCCAUGACCUCAGACCUGCUGCGGGCUCCGACUACUGUCUGGAGUCUUCAUUGUUUCACCACCAGUCUGCCUCCCGGGCUACGACUAAAUGCUGGAACUUUUCCAACUAUUGCUUCUCAGUUACAGGAUGAAUGGAGAAAACAGGGGGAAUGGAAACAUGGAAGAGUUGGGCUCAGCUCAUUACUGUUGCUAUUGAAUGUACUGUAAUUAGACUGCACCACUCAGUUCUUCUACCUGUUGGGUCCUGGCUACGACCUGGAAAAACACACACACUUGUAACAGAUUGUAAAUUUUGCUUUCAUUGUUUCUUUCAGUUAUCAUGUCUGUCUGUUAGUUAGGGGUCCUGUCUAUGUUCUGGAACACUUAUGCUCGGUACAGACAUUAUUUCUCUACGAACUGACUCGUUUUGUCAGUUUCUAUGUGCAGUAACUCUGUUGUGAUCUGGCUACUUCCUGGACUGCCUCUCUGCAACAGAACGACAUACAUCAGCCAAUACCUGGGGUCUGACUAUGUCCUGGAGUCUUAUCUGUGAUUGUAACUGAACUUUUGUUGAGCUUUUAAAAGAUUUAUUCUUCACCUCAAAAAACAGCAGACAACCGUUUGUUUCUGAAGCUUUCAACCACAUGUUCAUGGCCUUCAUCGGUGAGUAGUUUGCUCAGUUGUCAUGGAGACGGUUUAGUUGUUAAAACCUGACCUAAACACCCGAUUUCAGCUCCGAUAACAACUGAGCAAACACCAGUCGCUGUUAAAAGCCAUGAGAAGUGGCUGAAAGCUCUGAGUGAAAAAACAAGUAAGUGAACCUUUUUUUUUUUUUUUUUGUCAAGCUGUAGCUUCACUGGACGAGUUAUAGUCCCGCUGUGUUUCUGGUCGUUGGCAUGUGACUACGUCCUGGACUACGUCAGGUUUCCAGCAAAGCUUCAGUUCGGUCGACACGAUGAAUUUUUCUGACUGAAACGAAGAAGAACAGAGCUGAAAGCUGAAAGCAGGCAAACGUUCAGACGUCUGAAGUGUGAGGAGUCGCUGGUGUUUCUCCUCAAACGUCUCAAUAUGACUGAACUCAGAAGCUCAGGACUCUCCUGGAAGAUCGAACAUGUUUAUGUUCUGACCGGUUUCAAUUAUUUCGACUUUGUUUUCUGAGAAAUCAUGUUUUUCUGUCAAGCGGUGCAGCCAUGAAUACUACGAUACCCAUGAGCCUCAGCUGCAGUUUUAGGCUCGAUGUUUCUUCUCUAAAUGCAUCCUGGGAGUCGUAGUUAACUUCUCUUCUUCGGUCUUUAUGCUCACAGUCUCGUAGCUUCAACUUUUGCUUCCAGAAACACCUGAAAUCUCUCCUCACACUUCACAACUCUCUGAGUAUCUGUCGGCCGUGUCUACGUCAUGGAUCACAAACAUACUGUUCUCACGUUGACAGACUAUUAUUUUUUUCUUCCACUGAUGAAGUCGUAUGAUUGUGUCGGGCCGUGGCUAUGUCCUGGACUGUCAUAGCCGUUUGUCUUACAUGUUGAACCUUCUGUGUCUUUGUACGCGGCUGCUUUGCAUCCCUUCCUUUUAUUUAUUACUUCUCAAACACUCUGGGAUGCAAAAUGGCUUGUUGCAGCUCUUGUUGUUGUGUACGUCUCAUUUUUCCGUGACAGGGAUGUCAAAACAGCUGUUGGUGUGGACUAUUCGCUGCAUUAUAAAACUGUCACAGGUCUCAUGCUUAUAGUACAGUUAGGGCUGUUUGGUUUUUUUUGUAAAUUUUAUGGAAUUAGGGUGAAAUUACACAUGAAGAACUUAUAAAGUAUUACAAAUAACGAAGCUUUAAUUGGAUUUUAAAAAUGAAGAAAGAACCAAAUUUGCAGUUUUGUUUCUGUUGCUCACUGGGACGAUUGUGGACGAGUCAGAAUGAAAGUCAGUAGAAAAUAAAGUUACUAAAAAUAAUCUGUAGAAUCAACAAGCUUUAGCUCUAAUCUUUAGCAAUUACAGCACCAUUUGGCAUCAACCUUCUUGGACGUUUUUGAUAUAAAACGGUUCGAGAACUUUGAUAAUUCACCUUAUUUUUUUAAAAGAAGAAUCUCUAUUGCACUAUUUCGUUUUUUGUGACUGUUUUCAUUCUUUGGAUUAAUAUAAUCAGGACACCAAAUGGUGCAGAGGAAAGACAGGAAACUGUGAGCUUUUUUCUGCGACUGAAGUCUUUAAUUGUUUUGUUCUGUCGGGCUAGGUCUACGUCCUGCUUCAAACAACAUAUCUUAUUACUUUGACUGUAUCUAAAAAUAUGUAACGACAGGAAAUGACACGAUGAGAUAAACACUUCCUGUCGGGUUUGCCUUUUUGUUUCUUGGACUUGUUUGUGUUUUGUGCUACACGGCCCCCCGACUACUUCCUGAGUUUAGAAAGUCUGCUACAGGCGGUGUCUGCUGAAGGGGUCUUGACUACAUCCUGGACUGUAUUGCUUGUAGCACACGUCGUUUUAUGUUAUAACUGCCUGUACAUUUCUGCUUUACUUUUGUUUGUAAGCUGCAAAAAUAAAUAUCAUAUUCAGCCUGACGUUAACACUUUAAAAUCUAAACAAACAAGUGAGAAAAACUCGACUUGUUCACAGCGCAGCGUCUCGUCUCAACAACUUUUAUCUCAUAGAGCUGCAGACCAAACUAUAAAUAUAAUAAUCCAGAUUUAAAUGAUGCAAAAAAAAAGCUGUAAAUGUAAAAUAUAUAUAUUAGCAUGAGAAGUCGCUCCGUACAAUAUAAAGUUUGAAAUUAUCUUUGGUUGUUAAACCUGACGGAGUCUCAUUAACACGACUUUCAGCAAUCAUAAAAUUGCUGAAAGUUCAGAAGACGUUAAAGAAAAUAAAUCUGAGCUGCGCUGAAAACAAAUCCAGAUGUUUUCUCCUUGUUUCAGAGUCUGACUGAGCGGGACGGGUCUAUGUGCUGGGCGGUGACUCGGCCCGUCGCUUUGUUCUGUUUGUAAUGUUGAAAUCUGUAUAUAUAUAUAAACGCUGUGAUAUGACUUUAACUGUAUGAAGAAUCAACUGAUCUAUUUAUGAGACUUAACGAUGAUCGUGACGCUAAUUAUUGUAACUGAUGAAAUAUAAAAUAUUGUCUGGAGA